AUGGCUACCAAGAUACUGGCCCUCCUUGCGCUCCUUGCUCUUUCCGUGAGAGCCACAACUGCGGUCAUUAUUCCACAAUGCUCACUUGCUCCUAAUGCUAUUAUUCCACAGUUCCUCCCACCACUUACUCCUAUGGGGUUCGAGCACCCAGCUAUGCAGGCCUACAGGCUACAGCUGGCGCUUGCGGCAAGCAUCUUACAACAGCCAAUUGCCCAAUUGCAACAGCAAUCCUCGGCCCAUCUAACCGUACAAACCAUCGCAGCACAGCAGCAGCAACAACAGUUCCUGCUAGCACUCAGUCAACUAGCCGUGGCGAACCCUACCGCGAACUUGCAACAGCAGCUGCCUGCAUCCAACCCGCUGGCCCUGGCGAACGCUGCUACAUACCAGCAACAACAACAGCUACAACAUGUCCUAGGAGGAGUAAGGUGA